UUCAUUCCCAAGCAAAAUACAUUUUGACCAUUCUUAUCCCUUCACUUUGAAAUGCCCAUUGCCACCACUUCUCUCACUGUCACCGACUGGUUUUCUGAAAUGGUAGAAACAGUAACCGCAAGUUUCAAGCAUCUUUGUAAUGGUGGUUCUGCAGUUGGGCUAUUCAUGAAGGCUUUCGAGAGAGUUCUUUUUGCCUUAUUUACUUGCAUUGUGGCACUUGGAGGGUCAAUAGUGGGAACAAUUGCAGGAGGCAUAAAAGGGCAGACCACAGAAACUGGUUUUCUUGAUGGUGCUGGCAAAGGAGCAAUCACAGGAGCCAUUGCAGCAUUGGAAUUGAUAAAUUUUGACUCUGCUGCUGAUGAGCCAGUGUCUAAGUUUGCCCUGUUGAGAAGUUUAUUGAAUGGGAAAGUCUUUAUGGAAUGGAUAUGUCCAGCUGUGGCAAAACUCUAUCAGUUGCAUGUAACAAUUAACACACUGGAAACAAUAUACCAAGAAGUAUCAGACAUUUAUGAUAUCAGGGGAGCAAGAGGGGUACCCCAGAAUGUGAUUAUGAAGCUUCAAUUUCAGCCAUUCAACUCUGGAAAAAUGUCCAAGUUAUACAACAUGUCUUGCUGCUCAAUUUGCUUCCAAGAGUUUGAGGAUGGAGAAUUGGUGAGGAUACUUCCAAAAUGUGGCCACCUUUUUCACCUAGAAUGCAUAGACAAGUGGCUAGUCCAACAAGGAUCAUGCCCAAUGUGCAGAACUUAUGUUCCAGACCACAUUCUUUAAUAACAAAUGUUUCAGUUGUAAAAGUAGGUUGAGCUUCUGUCAUGAAGUAUUAACUUUGUAUAUAAUCUUUUUAAGUUAUUGCCAAAUUAGUGCAUGC